CUGAAAAUGCUGGUUGUGUUUUAUUUCCUGGUGAUGCUCAGAGUUGGGGGUUGCAUGAAUGAUGGAAUCUUUGACAAUCAGACAGUUGUUGUUGGAGAUGAAGUGAACAUGAAGUGUGAAACUGAGGCCUCAGGGAGCUUCUAUUGGAUCCGCCUCGGUUCUAGAAACUUCCCUGAAUACUUGGGAAAAUCAUUUAACAUACCAAAUUUAAAUUCUCACAUUACAAUUACAACAGACAAUGGACUGUUAACACUUCAUAUUAAAAAGGCACAGUUGAGGGAUACAGGACUUUACUAUUGUUUGUCAACCAGUCAACGAACCCUGACGUUUUUGACAGGAACAAACCUGACAGUUACAGCAAAACCUGCGGUCCCUACAGUCCUUCCUCCUGGUCCAGUCCUUCCUGUUGAUCCAGUCCCCCCAGAAGAGUCUAAGGAGAAAACCUGUCCAGGAGAACACAGUGUUUGCUGUUACAGAGCCGGAUCACAUCAGUUAUACCCAGGAUUAAAUCGAGAAAUCAGUGCUGAAAACCAGCAGAACCCUGCAGGACUCUCAGUAAAGAAAUGCAUCUGUAGUUUCAUCCAGAACAGUAGCGCCACAGAUCCUGGGACUUGUCUCUGUGCUGUGGACUCGUGUGAAGAGAUUCUUGAAAACAGAUCCAACACAAAAGACCAAGCAGUGAACAAGGAUUCACAGACCUCCCUCCUGCUGUGUGCUGCUUUAGCUGUCUGCCUCAUUAUUAUAGCCUGCCUUAUUUAUUUCAUAAGAAAUCUCAAGAAAUCAUCUUGCGGUUGUUUCACUGCUGAGACAUCUCUGCAAAGAGAAAGAGAAACAGGCAGCAGUGAUCAGCAGAAUCAGCAGGCUGAUGAGGACUCGUUGAUUUAUUCUGCACCGACCUUCACUAAAAGGAAAACUGUCAAAGCAGAAACAAAGGAUGUGAAAUCAGAGGAGAAGGAGAGCGUCUACGCCCAUGUCAUGUUUAAGGAGAUGAACUGACACACAAAAUAGAUUUUGGCUCUGAAUAACUGAAAAAAAAUUCCUUUUAUUAAAUGGAGCGAUGCCUACAAGGUAGAUCAGGCAGACAACUUAAGCUGUACCUAUUUCACACUUGACAUGCAUCACCAAUAUUAUUUUUAUUUAAAUGAUCUAAAAGGAAAAAGAAACCCCAAAAUACUAAAAGUAAGUUUCCAUUUUAGCAAUAAAAUCUGCAGUAGAGAAUUUAUAUCUAUGAUCUUUUUGCUUUGAGCUGAUUUUCUCUGUCUGUGUGUCAACCAUCUUAAUCUGGACUUCCUCUAUGACCCACAUCCACCUCCUGCAUGUGUGUCAGUGCUUUUCAAAGAAAUCGCACUCAAUGGCAGAGACUAUAGCAGAGAACACCUAUGUCUAGUUUCUAGUUCUCGUGAAACGGAAACUCUGACAUGUGCUCAGAGGUCAGAAAGCCUGUGAUGUCAAAGCUUAAAUGUCAUUGAGGAUAUUUGUAUCACUUGCAUUGGUUUUUGGGGGCUACAUGCUAUAGAGGUACCCUUACGUAAAUAUAAGAUGUGUAAAUGCUUCAUGGCAGUGAAGAGCAAUCCAGUUUUCAGACUCUCUCUUCAGCAUCCUUUUAAGAUCCACAGAUGUGACUGUUUUAUUAUUGUAUUAUCUAUUCUUGUUAUCUUGUUUUCCUGUUUGGCAUUUUGCACAUUGGUUAGCCUCAGUGGUUUUGAACAUGCUUUCUAAAUAAAGAUAAUCAGACUUACCUUGACAAUUCACACAUCGAUUUUGCUAAGCCACAAAAGUUGACUGUUCUCGACUGAAUUUUUCUUUUGCUCAGUUCAGUGGAAAAAUCAGUCUAAGUACAAAACACCUCAUACACAGUAUUAAAAAUCUCAAGAUCUAAAAAGUGAACCCUGUGCCAUUACAUAAGAAACAUUCCAUAAAACCUUACUUUUGCCCUCCCACUAUGUUGGAUAAUGUGUUGUUUGGUUAAUGGCCAAUUCCAUGUAGAACUUGUGACAAAUCCAGGUGCCUUCACUAUACUAGUGUUGGGUAGAAAUAAGCUCACUAAUUAUACCAAGAAAACAAUUGGCAGGCUUCUUAGAAUUUUAAAAGAUGACCUUUUCUGGCUAAAAGUGAUGGUAGCAUUUUGCUAAUAUAAUUUGUAUACAAGAGUGAAUAACUGUCUUCAUCUGAGGGGAUAAAUGUGGUCUACCAUGUUACACUCCCUAUAAGAGGGCUGAAGUCUAUGUCAAACUAAAAAGAUAAAUUUAAAAGCCCUUUUCAUGUCCAAGCAUACACAUCUUGAAUGUAGUCAUGAUUUUGUCAUUGAACUGGCAAAAGUGAAUUGGACUUGUCCCAACUGCAUGGACAGGUCUCAAUCAGUAAUUUUACUCCAUUCCUCUUUGCUGAACUGCUCAAGUUCUGUCAGGUUGCAUGGGGAUCA